AUAGUCAAAAAUCGACACAAAAAUUUCUAAUUUCUUUCAAAAAAAAUAGAAAAGAAGAAUAAAUCGAUUCAUCAAAUACACUGAUUCUCAGUUUCUCUCUCACACACAGAGAGACGAAUCGAAGAAAAAAAUUCGAACUACGACGAUAGAGAUUCAUUCGCUCAAGCUCUACAGAAAACGAGGAUCGGAGAAAAUCGUUAACGAAAUCGCCGGCCGUCGAUUCGACGCCGGGAUGGCCAUUUCUCGCGUGUCUCGUCGGGCUACCGUUUCCGCUCCAUAUUCCGGUAGGAAUUUUGUUUUCAUCCACAAUCGUAUUGCGCGAGGUCCUACUUGAACAAUUUUCAAUCGAUUCAUCCGAUAUUUGAGUUGGUUGUUGGAAAAUUCACAAAAAAAAAAAUUAAAAAAAAAUUAAGAUGGUCGUCGUGAAGGGCAGUUGGUGGUUGGAGAAAGUGCGGAGGGGUGUGCGGACGGUGUAUUUCAUGGUGGUGAUGGUGGCGUCGCUUCUGGUUGUGUCGCUGCCGCUGGUGGUGGCGGCGAGCGACGUCGUUUUGCCUUGUUUGUUGAUUCAGAGCUUCGUCUGCGUGAAAUGUUACGGUUUUAGGGAGCAUUUACAGAGAUACGCGUUCAGGAGCUCGCUUGUGGAUAUUCCCCUUGUUUCCAUCGCCAGAUCUCUCAUCAUUACCUGUGUGUAUUCGUUUUGCGACGGACCGGCGUUGUCGCACGGGCCGUAUCUAGGAACUGUAACAUUUUGCUCUUUAGUUUCGGUAUUAGUUCUUUCCUUCAAGGCUUGUGUCUUCACGGUCAAUUCUCAACUGGUCGACGAAGCUUCAAUUUCUCUUUCGAGAAAAAGGCUCCAUCUGAAGAAGUCUUGGGGAAUGCCUGUCUUGUUUCUCUCUUCUUUAGUUUUCGCACUGGGGCAUAUUGUCGUGGCGUAUCGUACGAGUUUCAAAGCUCGGAGGAAACUUCUUUUACACCGUGUUGAUCCAGAAGCAGUUCUUUCUUACAAAAUGGUGUUCUCGAGUUAUCAAAAGGUUCCGAGAUCACCCACUCCAUCUGCUGGGAAAUCUUUCAGAAUUGACGGUGAAACAAGGAGAAAAGCACCGGGGUUAGUGCACGAUUAUGGGCAAGUUCCAGCUAGUUUUCUUUCUGAUGUAGACAGUUUAUUCAUUUCUUGUCAAGGGCUCACGGUUCACUACAAGCUAAGCUUGCCAGGAUCGCAUUCCCGAUCUUUGUCAUCCACUCCCUUUUACCAGCCAUCAAUUAGUGUACCACCGAAACCCCAUUAUAAUAUACAUAGGAGCAUAAGUAAUCAAUUCUAUAACAGCACAUCCCCUCUCUAUACACCUCUCCUAGCAAGCUCUCCGGCUUCCCCGAUAACUGAAGAUGUGCCUGUUUUAUGCUUAAAUGAAAAAUUUGAGGAGUAUGAGCCGAAUAUACUUGGGUCUCCACCGAUGGAACGAGAUAUUGAGGCAAAUGUACAGUUUGGGAUUGUUUUAAUUCAUGGAUUUGGAGGGGGAGUCUUCUCAUGGAGAAAAGUGAUGGGUGUUUUGGCCAGGCAAGUUGGUUGUGCAGUAGCUGCUUUUGAUAGGCCUGGAUGGGGUUUUACGUCAAGGCCUCGAAAUAAGGAUUGGGAGAAAAAUCAUUUAACUAAUCCUUACAAGAUUGACAAUCAGGUGGACCUGCUUCUUUCUUUUUGCAUGGGAAUGGGGUUUUCUUCAGUCGUUCUUGUCGGGCAUGAUGAUGGAGGACUGCUUGCCAUGAAGGCUGUGCAAAAACUUCAGUUGUCAGAAAAUUUGAUGAAUCUUGAAAUAAAGGGGGUCGUAUUACUCAACGUAAGCUUGUCAAGAGAAUUGGUUCCUGCUUUUGCAAGAAUAUUGCUACGUACUUCGAUUGGCAAAAAACACGUGGUGCGCCCUCUCCUUCGAACAGAAAUUAUUCAAGUCGUGAAUCGCCGCGCUUGGUACGACGGAACCAAACUAACGACCGAAGUCUUGAGCCUGUACAAGGCCCCGUUGCAUGUAGAAGGAUGGGACGAAGCACUUCAUGAAAUCGGGAAACUAUCGUACGAAACAGUGUUGCCACCACACUGUGCAGAAUUGAUGCUUAAAGCAGUUGAAAUGUUGCCGGUUUUAGUUAUUGCUGGCGAUGAAGACGCCCUUGUCCCUCUCAAAUCCGUUCAAAACAUGGCUUCCAAACUUGUAAAUUCUAGACUGGUUGCAAUAUCUGGUUGCGGCCAUCUCCCACACGAAGAAUGCCCCAAGGCAUUGCUUGCCGCUAUUUCGCCUUUCAUUACCAAACUUUUAUUAAAAUCAGAGUUACAGAGCUAGCAAGAGUUGUUUGUAACCAUGAUUAAAUAGUUUCUCUCUCUCUAUUUAGUUUCCCACUUUUCUUGUAAAUUAUUAUCUCAAACGGAGAGACCAAGUUAAUCUCUUCUUUUGGGUGUGUUUUUGAUUCUUUAGUUCAAAAGGUAUCAAUUGUUUUAAUGCAUUUUGCUGACCAAAA